AUGUUACAGUGUGCCUCUUAUAUAAGCAAUAACAAAGUUUUAAACAAUAGCAACAGUUGUUAAUAUGGAAAUAAUUAUAGUCAUUAAUAAGAUUUUGGUUAACUACUGUUUCAAUUUACUAGCAAGCUAGAUAAUUCGAGUUAAAAAAUAAUAGAUUUCUAUGACAAUUUUUUACUAAAGAAAUUAGAUUUGGCUGAAUAGCACAUUGAAUAAAUUGCAAAGCUAAGCAAGCUUAAAAAACCAAGAAAAAGAAUUGAUAAUCCUACAUUAAAAGAAUUAGAUCAGCAAAAAAUUGAUAAGGAAGAAUCUAAUUAAUUAAAAAAGAUGAAAAUGCCUUCUAGCUCUUAAAAUUUAAAAUCUUAAAAGAAAAUAUUUGAUGACAAAUUCAUGAAUGAUCUAUCAAAAGACCUUCUUUAGUUAGAUUUAGAUUUUAUGGAAGAAGGUAAUAAAACUAUCUUACAAACUUCAUAAAAAAAGUAGAGAUAGUCUAAUAAAAAUUAAUUAUCUAAUUAAUAGCAAAAUAAUACUUUAAACUAAAGCAAAGAAUUGGUUGUUAAAAUAAAUGGUGUAAAUAUAAUUGAAUCAUCAACUUCCUCUUCUAAAAAAAAGAAUGGCUCUCAUCCAGAACCUAAUUAAUGUGAAAUGACUUAAUCUCGCUUAAGCUUAAAGAGUUUAAAAGAAUAAAAAACAGGAAAAUAAAUGAUUAACGAAAACAGUAAUAAAAAAAGUAACACUCUAGAAGUGGCUAAAAAAGGUGUUAAUGGAAAUUAGUGUAGAAAAUCUUUAAUAGAAUAAUUUUCAGAAAUUAAAGUGAAACCAAAAGAGGAAAUUAAGAAUGAAAAUUUUGAAAUUUCUCAGAAGAUUGAACAAAUAAAUAUAGAAGAUUUUUGCUCAAACACAGGAAACAAUACUUAAUUCUGUCAAUAGUAACCCGAGAGAGCUAAAGAUUCAAACCAUGAUUAAUAUAACCAAGAGUCAAUGCUUCUUCCUGGUUCAUCAAUAAGUUAUAGUGAUGGACAAAUAUAAUUAAAUUUUAAUGAAAAUGAUGAAUAUAUUCAAGCUAAUAGUAUGCAACCACAACAAUUACCUGAGGGGUUCUAUAUUCAUGGAAAUAAUAAUAUCUUAUUAGAUGAAGAUGAAUAAGAAAAUGAUUAUGAAAUGACUGAUUAUUCUUCAAAUGAAAGCUCUAAUUUAGGCUCACCAAUUUUCAACUGGGUGAAUAAAGAAGAGCAUUUUAAUGAUAAAUUGUUUUUAAACAAUGAAAAUUACAAUAACAAUACUAUAUUUAACAUUCCUUCAAAUAAGUUCAACAAUAAGAACCAAAAUAUCUUUGAAACUAAUUCUUCUUAACUUUCAGGAUCGAAUGAGAAUAGCAAAACCUUUAAUCCAAUAAACUCAGAUUAUUUCACUCAAAACACUUUUGGAUUUGGAUAUAAUCAACCAUUAUUCUAUGAUGAAACUUCAAAUAGUUCUUAAUAAAAUUUCAAAAAUAUUCCAACAUUUUCUUAAGACUCAUUCCAAGGAAUAAAUUUUCAUAACUAUUAAUCAAAAGGAGGAUAGCAACAAGAAUCUUAAUAAUCGAUGAACUAAAAUAUGUUUAUAUCUAUGAGUAAUAAUGACAGCAAUAGUAUGAAUCCUUACAUUUAUCAAAAUAAAUAACUACUACAAAGUCCAUAAAAAUUAAAAACUGUCAAGUAAAGAAAAAUUUUGUACUGCAAUAACAAAGAAGUUCCAGCAUGGGCUUAAGACUUAAAUUAAGUAACUGAAAAAGUGAGAGAAUAAAAGGCAAGGGGAGAUGAUCCAGCUAAGCUAUUUGGUCUAUUCGCUGUUGAAAGCCUCCAGCUAAGGGAAGUAUUUAAGAAUACUGGUAAAAGAUAUGAUGAAGGAAGAGGUUCUUCAGCUAAUUGGAGAUAAGAUUAUACCCCUGAUUAAGUAAUUGAUUUGAUUAAUGCAACAUCUUAAACUCCAAAUAAAAAAUAGAAAAUGCAAUCAAAAUUCAAGUCCUUUUUACAAAAUUCUUUUAAUUCUAUAAAGAAAAAGCUAAUUUAAUGA